UUUGAGCUCUCUCCGAUGAGCGACACGGCUACGCUACACUACUUUGUGAGCAGCACUCCAGCUCCGGUUACAAAGGUGCUGUUGGAAAAGUUCUGCAGAGCAAAGUUUCCUUUUGCUCUUUGGUUGAUGUUUGCUAAACCUGUCAUGUUCAGAUAUGCCCUCUUGCCCAUCUUGAUACUCGGACCUCUAAUGGUGCCUUAUAUACCUCAACGGUUCAAAACAACCAAGAAGCAAGCCACCACAGAAGAUGCACUUACCACAUCUCUUUCGAAUCUGGAUGCUAUCCACGCUUUGCGACCAGAUAUAUCGUUCGAUGACCUUGUACCGGCAACACUCACUCCUCAAGAGAGACUGCGAAUGCUAGGAAUGUUGCUACCAGUUUAUAUCACCUUAACGUUCUGGAUUCCUUUUCGAGUUCUGGUCGCUAUCACUGGGGCCAUGUUAUUGACAUACCGAGCCCCAUGGGCAGUGACGACAAGGAGGAUUCUCUUCAGAUCUGCCUACGUCCGUGCCGCAUGGAGAUACGUCGUCAGUUGGCUCUCCGGGACCCAACCUCUACCUAUAUUCCUGAGCAAGCCUUCUCCGUCGGGAAAGGAUGCGGUCAAGGCAGCAGACAAGGGGUUAGCCAAAUCAACGUCUCAUGCCUUCCUAUUUACCAUCCUCGAAAAUCAGCGAUGGUGGGUAGCGAGCACAACCAAAAAUCCAAACCCACAAGGCCAACAACAGCAACAACAGUUUGUGCCUGUACCCCCUCCCGCGACCUUCCCUCUCCCGCCUACUACGUCCGUAGUACUCCCAUCAAGCACUGGCAAAGGCUUUGUACGUCGCACAGCGCGAUGGGAGUGGGAAGAGAAUAGUGAAUGGGAGGUUAUUGUUCAUAAGGAAGGCGACACUGUGAAAAAGAUGCGUGCGACAGUGAAAUCGCCAACUGAAGAAGCCAAGAGUGGUAUUCUAGGCAAGAAUGCUGACAAGUUGACCUUGACGCAGUCGCCUACCAAUUCAUCGUUCCACCAUCCGGAAGACCCUUCCCAUCCGCCAGGUUCACAAUCCUCCGGUACAGGCGGAGACCACGAGUUCACGGACCAGGAAGGAUGGAUAUACGGAGACAACAAGUGGGAAAACCCGGCCGGAAAAGGUGGAAUGGGCAAGCCCGCAAAGGGGGCUCAACGCGAAAAUACAAGCCAGGAUACACAAGUGCAGACACAGCCUCCUACCAUAGCGUCUCCCACAAAGAGUGAACCCAAAGGGUCCCCAGAACGCUCAAGAGGACGAAGUGCGGACGGACGUUCUAAUGAACUACCGAGCGCGGAGACUUCACUCCAGCAGCGACUCAAAGCAGCUCUGAAAACUCAGACAUGA